AGCCGCUCGGCUCGGGCGCUGCCCAACGCCGCCGUCCCCGCCCCACGGCUCCGCGCCGCUUUGAAGCGGGCUCGGCGCUGCCCUCCCGCUCAGAGCCCGCCAUGGUGCAGCCGGAGGAGCAGGCCCGGCUGUACCGGCCGCGGCCGGAGCUGCUGCCGGCGGCGCACGUCCCCUCGCUGCCGCACUACCAGCGGCUGUACCGGCGCUCCGUGGACGAGCCGCAGGAAUUUUGGGGUGACAUCGCCAAGGAGUUCUACUGGAAGCAGCAGCACUCGGGGCCGUUCCUCAGGUACAACUUCGAUGUGACGAAGGGGAAGAUCUUCAUUGAGUGGAUGAAAGGGGCGAAGACCAACAUCUGCUACAACCUCCUGGACAGGAACGUCAAUGAGAGGAAGCUUGGGGACAAAGUGGCUUUUUACUGGGAAGGGAACGAACUGGGGGAUUCUAUGAAGAUCACAUACAGCGAGUUGCUGUGCAAAGUCUGUCAGCUUGCCAAUGUCCUCCGCAACCACGGUGUGAAGAAAGGAGACCGAAUUUCCAUCUACCUACCUAUGAUCCUGGAGCUGGUCAUAGCCAUGCUUGCCUGCGCCAGGAUUGGAGCCAUCCAUUCUGUUGUGUUUGCAGGCUUCUCAGCAGACUCUCUUUGUGAGCGGAUCCUUGACUGCGGUUGCUCCCUCCUCAUCACAGCAGAUGCCUUUUAUCGAGGGGACAAGCUGAUCAACCUGAAGCAGAUUGCUGAUGAAGCCCUCCAGAAGAGUAGAGACAGGGGCUUCCUUUUGAAAAAGUGCAUUGUGGUGAAGCACCUGGGACGGGAGGAGUUAGCAGUGGACGGGGCAUGCAGCCAGUCUCCCCCUCUCAAAAGGCUGUGCCAGGACGUACAGGAAAAAAAGACUGAGAGCUCACAGAGACUCCAUCCCAAGACCCCCUGGGAUCCCCACGUGGAUGUGUGGUGGCAAGAUCUGAUGAGCGGUGCCAGCACAGAGUGUGAGCCCGAGUGGUGCGACUCAGAGGAUGAACUCUUCAUCCUCUACACAAGUGGCUCAACUGGGAAACCCAAGGGUGUGCUGCAUACGGUGGGUGGAUACAUGCUUUAUGCUGCCACCUCGUUUAAGUACGUCUUUGAUUACCAGCCUGAGGACAUCUACUGGUGCACAGCUGACAUUGGAUGGAUAACAGGCCAUUCCUACAUCACUUACGGACCCUUGGCAAAUGGGGCAACUAGUGUAUUAUUUGAAGGUAUCCCCACCUACCCGGACGCUGGGCGAAUGUGGAGUAUCGUUGACAAGUACAAGGUGACCAAGUUCUACACGGCACCCACAGCCAUCCGGCUGCUGCUCAAGUAUGGGGAGGAGCCCGUCAAAAAGCACAGCCGGAAGUCUCUGAAGGUGCUGGGGACCGUUGGGGAGCCCAUCAACCCUGAAGCCUGGCUGUGGUACUACCGCGUGGUGGGAGAGGAGAGGUGCCCCAUUGUGGACACGUUCUGGCAGACAGAGACGGGUGGCCACAUGCUUACACCUCUCCCUGCCGCCACCCCCAUGAAGCCAGGCUCUGCUACAUUCCCCUUCUUUGGUGUGGUCCCUGCCGUCAUGAAUGAGUCGGGGGAAGAGCUGGAAGGAGAAGCAGAAGGCUACUUGGUAUUUAAGCAGCCCUGGCCAGGAAUAAUGCGCACACUGUAUGGAAACCACCAACAGUUUGAAACCACGUACUUCAAGAAGUUCCCUGGGUACUACGUGACAGGUGACGGUUGCAGGAGAGAUAAAGAUGGUUAUUACUGGAUCACGGGGCGAAUUGAUGACAUGUUGAAUGUUUCUGGCCAUUUGCUGAGCACUGCAGAAGUGGAGUCAGCUCUGCUCGGGCAUGGAGCUAUCUCUGAGGCUGCUGUGGUCAGUCACCCACACCCUGUGAAAGGCGAGUGCCUGUACUGCUUUGUGACCCUGAAAGAUGGCCAUGAAUUCACCAGCAACCUGGCAGAUGAGCUGAAAAAACAAGUCAGGGAAAAAAUCGGACCGAUAGCAACGCCUGAUUACAUCCAGUAUGCCCCCAGCCUGCCCAAAACCCGUUCAGGAAAGAUCACCAGGCGGAUAUUAAGGAAGAUUGCCCAGAAUGACAGAGAUCUGGGGGACAUCUCCACCCUGGUAAACCCAGGCAUUAUAAACCAGCUUUUCAACAGCAGAUGCGACACUAAACUGUAGCAGCGUGACCUCUCCCUGCUGAACAGAACUGUAGCAGCAGCAGUGUCCUGAUGAGCAGGUCCCUCAAGUAACCACUGUCUGCCCUGGGAAAGAAACCUUCACCUGUUGAAUUGAAUGUAUAAAUGUUAGAGAUGAAGGAAGGCUGACCCUGGAGAGGCUGCGUCUCACCAGCGUGUUCCUGCCUUGGAGGAGCGUGCACGUCGCAUCGGAGAUGAGCAUCGUACAUCUGAGGUUCGGCCUCACUCACACAGGGACUUGUGACUUGUGCUCCUCUGUUCUCAUCACGUCGCUCUUGAUUUUUAUUUGUUUUCUCGUGGGGGGGGUGUUAAUUAACUUUGUGUAGUUGAGGGGCCCUGGUGCGCUUCCCUUAGUGGGAAGGAGCUGGGGGGCAGGUUGUAGGGGAAGUGGUAUUGGAGUUACUCAAUGCAGCCAGGCAAGGGAGGCUCAUCUGCCACUGUCUACAUGCUGAGCAAGCUUCCUUUUCUACUCAGAGCUAAGGGAAAACUUAAAAGCACUGUCACAUCAUAAGCACAACUGAGUUUUAGUCUUGCAUCCACUGUUUUCUAGCUUAGGUCCCCUAGCCUGAAGGGGAAUGAGGCAAGGCUUGGGAGCUCUGUGCUUUAGCUGGAUUCUGUAGAACUCUUUGGUACCAUGUUCUGCUGUUGUCACCUGUGUGGUGCCAGCUGGUGCAUGUUUUGCAGCUGGGAUCCUUUGCUGGCUGUGCCCAUGGUCUGGGUGCUCACAGCCCAGCUUACGUGGGUUCAUGCUCGCAGAGGCAGCACAGCCAAGUGUCCCUUCUGAGGGCUGGGCCGGGUGUGUGCUGCUGGUACCAAAGGAAGCAGGGCACAAAGCACUGCAGAGGCAGCUCUCCCACUGUGAGCAAACCAAGGGAGGGUGCUGUGUUACUUUUGGUUAAAUCUGGCAUAAUAAUGAGAGAAAACAAUAACUCCAGCUCAAGUCUGAAUAUCGUGAGGGUACUGCCAAAGCCAGCAGUUCCUCUCAGGUUGAUUACGCUGAACAUCAGCCCUGGAUUGAGCUGGGAAAGAUACCUCCCUGUAAUGUCUGUAUUGAAAUCACACCCGAGCUGUUUGAUUUCUACACUUAAACCAAAGGAGAAAUGAGCUUUAAAUCUUGCUGCAACAGCUGUUUAGCAGGCUUUACCUUUAAACUGAGCUGGCGUUUGGCUGGCUGGAAAGGAGGAGGUGACUCUUCCAAGGCUCGGGGCAGGUUUUGCAGGUGCUCUGCAGGGCUGCUGCCCAAGUCUCGUUCCUUGCCUGCUGCUCUCCCCACCAUGGUCUUUGUGACCUACAACCUCAGUUGCACCCGUGUCCCACAAAGCACCCACUGCUCCGUUCCACAGGAUUGUACCACUUCUUUGACAUGAGUUCCUACAUCUGUUCUCCUCCUCUGUUACUACUGUUGUGUAAUUUUGGCUGGAGACGGCUAGAACUCUAUGCAAAACGGAAUAAAAAUUCAAGAAAACAAAACAGAAAGA